UUACAAGAGAUAAUAUUUAUACGAGUAUAUUGGUGUUGAAAAAUAAAACAAAAUUCCACUACAAGAAUGAAAAACUUGUACUUGUGAACAUGCAAAUAUUUUUACAAAAUACAUAAAAGAAAAAUCAUUCAUUGAUGACAGAUGGAACACAUGAAAAAACUUUAGAAAGAACGGUUCCAUGGAAUUUGAUGUAAUUUAUCUUUUUAGGCAGAGUGAGUGAUUUUCGAGAAAAAAAACAAGAAGGAAAAGAAAGAGAAAGAGAAGAAAUGGAAGGGAAAAAAAAAGCAGCAGCAGAAGAAGAAGACCAGGAGCUUUCUUGGGCCGGAAGCUGGGAGUGUUGUCCUUUCAUUCCUAAUCGCGCGAGACAACGGGAAGACUGCAAAGACGGCCCAAUCUCCUCUGCUUCCGCCUAAACCCCACUGCCUCUCUCGCCGUGCUCGAGGCGACGGGAAAAGCUUCCUUCGCGGGUGGCAGGCCAAGCCAGCCAAUGGCCGCCGACGCCUCUCCGCCGGAGACGGCGCUGUCCGCGGCGAACGGCCCCGGAGACGAGGACGGGGAGGAGGGGGAGGCGGAGCAAUGCCGCAUCUGCCGCCUCCCGGCCGAGGCGGACCGCCCCCUGCGCCACCCCUGCGCCUGCCGCGGCAGCAUCAGGUUCGUCCACGACGACUGCCAGCUCCGGUGGCUCGCCACCCGCCGGGGACCCCGAUGCGAGCUGUGCAACAACGACAUCUCCAUCCGACCAGUGUACGCUGCAGACGCCCCUGCGAGGCUGCCUGUUUCUGAGUUCAUGGCGGGUUUCUCCCACAAACUGAUGGACCUGUUGCUCCUCCUUAUCUGCCUCGUCCCAGCACUCGUCAUGUACCUCAUCACCCUCGGGGCAUGGCUCUUCGCGCUUGCCAGGUCCUUUGCUCAAGUGCACCAUCUGCUGUCCCUCCGCCCCUCUGUCGCCUCCAUUGUUGCUCAAACUGCAAUUUUCAUUUUAAGGCUGCCUGGUAUAAUUCUCAGAGGUGUCGUAGGUUCUAUCCCCUCUGUCGCCUUAAUUGUUGCUCAAAGCGCAAUAUUCAUUUUAAGGCUGCCUGGUAUAUUUCUCAGAGGGGUCGUACGUUCUAUUCCUGCUGCCAAUUUCUGUCUUAAUCUGCUGAGCGCAAAAAUAUUACACCCGGUGUUCUUUGGCUGGGCGCUUGAUAUCUGCACUUCAGAAAUGUUUGGUGCAACAAUGUCCCAGAGGUUCAAGCUUAUGCUUGCUUCAUCUUUUGCUUCAACUGUUCUUCAUUGGUAUUUUGGAUGCAUCUUUUGGCACCUAGGCCUUAGAUUCUUCAGACUUCUUGAUAAGAUACUGAGGCCAGGAAUUGCCAUUCCCUUUGUCCACUAUGAAGCUCAUGAACCAUUCUACAAAUUUUAUCUCAAGAAGCUUCAUAUCCUUUUUGUUGGAAUUAUCUCUAUGGUUUUGGUCAUUCUUGUUCCUAUUCAAAUUGGCGGGCUAUUGGUGCCGGAGUUGUUCCCAUUUCAUAUCACCUACUUCAAUUGUGGUGCAAAGGGCAUAUCAUUUUGGCAAGCACCACGAAACUAUGUCGAUUCAGUUUCUCAUGCUCUUCUUCUGAAGUUUCUCAUUGAUAACACCAAGGCACUUGUAUACCUUGAGUGGUUAGUGAAGAAGGUAACCCAGUAUUCCUUUGUCACUACUGGACAUGCUCUAGGCUUGUCAGAUUCGUUGAGUAUCUGGCCCGAUGAUGCAUCUGGACAUGAUGAGAUUGGGAGUAGUGUCGCACCAGAAGACCAGUAUGAUAGGAUCAAUGAAGCUAAGGAUGGAAGGAGAUCAGUUGCAGCUGCUACAAUCCUAAGUCUGGUGCUUGCAUGGUUGACUAUUGUGGUAUUCAAUUUGGCUGUGCUCAUUUUUCCAAUCUCAAUUGGGCAUGCCAUCACUCGGCUGCCACUAGCAGGUGGACUGAAAUCCGAUGAUAUGCUUGCUUUGGCUAUUGGGUUUGGCGCCAUAUCAACUGUUAUUGCCGCCUCUAGAGAUUCAUUUGCCUACAUGACUUCUGGGAGAACACACCUUCUAGCCCUGAAUCGCUAUCUGGUUGUGUUCUUAUGGCUUGUCAUCGCUCCUUUCCUGACCGGGGUGCUGGUUGAUUUAUCACUAAUAUCACCAUUCACUGGGCUUGAUGAUGACGUUCCAGCUGUAGGCCUUUCCUACUAUUGGGGCCUGGGGUGUCUAUCUCUGAAAAUCUGGGGGAAGCAGGCUCGUCGGACAAGGGCCAGAUGCUUGCGAGCCUAUUUCAUCGAUGAAAGGUGGGGCCCAAAGCUUAAUCAGGCAAAGGCAGAUUGGGAUUCAGGGAUCGCGCCAAUGUGGUGGUUCUUGCGAGAUGUGUGCAUGCCUAUCGUCGCGAAGCUACUCGCUGCUCUGGGUGUUCCCUAUGUGCUUGCCAAGGGGGUCUUCCCAAGAUUCGGCUGCUCCGUUGCCAUGAACUCGGCGGUGUACCGUUUCGUGUGGCUGGGCAGCCUCGGCUUCUACCUUGCCAAAGCGUUGUGCGCCAAACUCCAUGAUUCCAUCAGGGACGCCCGUUAUGUCGUCGGGCAGAGGCUGGAAGAUGUCGCCGACGGUAGCUGAAGACUCUUCUUCCCUGAGCACUCUGUUUCCCGUCAGUUAGGGACGAUGGAGGAUCUGGUGAUACUAACAGUUAGCGCGCAAACGCGUUGCGGACAUCAACAAACGCAGAUGAGAUGAUGUCAUACGGAUACAUUCCUGGUGAAACUUGUAAAUAUGGGUGCGAUUUUCAUUUUCCAUGUGGAAGUUACCUGGAGUCGUAUCGGUCAGUUCCCGACGAAUCGCCAGGAUGUAAGGCGACGCUGAAUUUGGAUAGAUAUCUGUAAAUUUCUACA